AGAAGCCCCAACCUAUGAUAUGCAUGCAUGCAUAUAUACCUCACUAAUCUAAAUUCCAUUUAAUUCCCCUAUAAUGGCCUUAGCUAUAUAUAUAAUUCAUUUUCGAUCUUCAUCAUCAUACACACAACAUUCACCACAAUACCCAUCUCUAGAUCUUUGAGUUUCAAGCAAGGAAAGGUUUCGUGGAGAUGAAUUAUUGUCACCUCAAUCCUCUUGUUAUACUCUUAAUCUUGUGUUCUUUGUUAUUUACCUCUAUUGUCGCUGAAACUAGUUUAGCUACCGAUCAAUCCGCGCUUUUGGCCUUGAAAUCUCACAUUUCUGUUGAUCCUAAUGGAACUCUCAACAAUUGGACCACUAGAUCUUCAGUUUGUGAUUGGUUUGGUGUCACUUGUGGAAUCCGGCAUCGUAGAGUAAUUGGAUUGGAUAUUUCUUCCCUGGGCCUUGUUGGAAGUAUUCCUCCCGAGUUUGGGAACUUGUCGUUCCUUGUUUCACUUGACAUUAAAGAAAACAACUUCAGUGGAACUCUUCCAUUAGAAUUGGCUCGUUUGCGAAGAUUGACUUAUAUCAAGUUGAGUUACAACAAAUUUGACAGGGAAGUUCCUUCUUGGUUUUCUUCAUUUCCACAUCUUAAACACUUAUCCAUUGAGUAUAACAAUUUUACAAGCUUGAAUUCAUUUAUCCAAUCAUUCUCCCAUGAAUCAAAGCUUGAAACAUUGAUCUUAUCUUUUAAUCCUUUUCAAAGUGAAAUUCCAAAUUCAUUAGGGAAUCUUCAUCCUCUCAAAGUACUUGUCAUGGAAAGCAAUGGUCUUUCAGGGUCUAUCCCUCAUUCAAUCAUGAACUUGACAAGCUUAGAAGUUUUGUUGAUGUCAAACAAUAACCUUAGCGGGAUCAUACCACAACAAAUUGAGAAUUUAAAGAUGCUUAGAUUGUUGAGACUUAACGGCAACAAAUUAACAGGGCCAAUCCCACUCUCAAUCAAGAACUUGACAAAUUUAGAGUUAUUGGCUUUGCAAGAAAAUGCUCUUCAAGGGACCAUACCGGACAUUAUGGGGAGUCUUCCGAACUUGUUUUAUUUGUCCGUGCAUGAAAACAAGCUUUCUGGUUUUAUACCGUCAAGCAUCGUCAACAUAUCAUACCUUGAACUUUUAUUCUUGAACAACAAUAACUUUUCGGGUACUCUCCCAAGUAACAUGUGCCUUGGACUUCCACUACUGAAGAAGUUUACUAUCCAAAGAAACGGGAUACAAGGACGAAUUCCAUCAAAUUUUUCUUCAUGCCCUCACCUUCAAGUAUUAUCAUUGUCUAGUAACAAUUUUACUGGAAGCAUACCAGAAGACAUUGGAAGGUUACAACGGCUUGAAGGGCUGUAUCUUACAGAGAACUCCUUGACAGGUACAAUGCCGUCUUCCAUUGAAAAUCUAUGGAGUCUUACAUCUCUAGCACUUGACUCCAACAUGUUGAUGGGGAAGGUUCCAACAUUCGUAUGCAACUUGAGCUCACUUGGAAGCCUUUAUUUAUCAUCUAACAGUUUGGAUGGAACACUGCCAAAUUGUUUGGGAAACUUCAGUGAAACUCUGGCGGUGCUGCUUUUGUCGGAAAAUCACUUUCACGGCCCCAUCCCAACAUCAUUUGGCAAAGGUUGUGAAUUGGAGAAUCUUAGCUUGAGCAACAACCAGCUAGAAGGAACCUUGCCGCGAUCCCUGGCUAGUUGCACACAAUUACAGGCUCUUGAUAUUGGAUAUAAUGAAAUACAAGACUCUUUCCCUAUUUGGUUGGAAACUCUUCCGAAGCUUGGAGUUCUUAGUUUAAGUUCCAACAGAUUUCACGGCACCAUACCCGAUUCAAAGGCAAAUAUUUCUUUUCCCAGUUUGAGAGUGUUUGAUAUCUCCAAUAAUGAUUUUAGCGGCCACCUACCAAUUAUUACCUAUUUAAAGCACUUUGGUGAGGUAUUGGAUACCAACAGGGAAACACAUAUAUAUCGUGAGAUCCUCCCAGUUACAACAACGUCCUUUGAAGACGAACCUAGAUAUAUUUCAAUGACGGUCCAUUUUAAAGGUGUGACACGAAAGUACAGCCACAUACCAGUAGAAUUUGCCUCAAUUGAUAUGUCAAACAACAAGUUCCAUGGAAGCAUCCCGGAUUCCUUUGGAAAUCUCAUAGCUCUGCAGCACUUUAAUUUGUCUCAUAAUAAUCUCACCGGCCCUAUUCCUGUAUCUCUGGGGUCUUUAACUAAUUUGGAAGUGUUGGAUUUGACUUGGAAUGGCUUAGAAGGGGAGAUACCGAUUGCGCUGACAAAACUCUCAUUUCAAUCCAAUUUCAACGUAGCUCACAACAGUCUUUCAGGACAUAUCCCUGAAUCUGGUGGCCAAUUUCAUACAUUUGAAAAUAGUUCUUACAUUGGAAACUCAGGAUUAUGUGGCCAUCCAUUGACUAAGAAAUGUGACAAUCAAAACAAGCCGCCUUUGGCCCUUCCCUCAAAAGACGAAGGUGUGGUUGAGGGCAUGCUCGAUGGACUUACUUGGCAAGGUGUACUCAUAGGAUAUGGGUUUGGAUUAUUCAUUGGAGUUGUCCUUGGGGCUAUAUAUUUGUAGUUAAUACUAUUACUAGUAUGUGCUUUCUUAAUCAUCUACAAAUCACUAUCAGAAAAAAAAAAACACGGUUGUAAUGCAGAUUUGUUACUUUUUUACCCAUAAGUCACUUCCCUUGGCAUAAUUGGUAGGCGACUGGAGGUACAUCCUUUGCAUUUUUUUAAAUCAGCUGAUAAAUGAUUAGUGCGACAGAUUUUCCGUUUGCAUCAGUUGGGCGUUAUGUUGUCGGGUGGACUUGAUUUGUCGCUGGUUGCAUGGAUUACUGCUCGCAAUUUGUCUGGUACAAAGGCUGCAAAGCAAUGCGGAGCUCAGCUACAUUCUUUUGGUGUUGGUCUUUGAAGUUGGAUUAUAUAAUUUUAAGGGAAAAUUACAAAAAAAUAUCUCAUGUAUACUCACUUAUUAUCACUUUUGUCCUGCAUUUAUCUUGCUGUUAAAAUAUAUCCCACAUGUAAGCCGGAUAAUCAUAGGACAAAACAUGACAAAAGUGAUAAUGGAGUAUACAUGACGGAUAUUCUUUUGCAAUUUUCUCUUGAUUCUCCCUGCUUUCUGAUGCAGGGCUCACCUUAUCUGAAAGCUGCAAAGGAAGUUGCCGAUUAUUUGGGCACCGUGAGUUUCAUUUUCAUCGUUACAUGCCCGAUGCGGACACUAUUAUGUGUGGUUUUUGUAUCUAUAGAAAUUUCUUCUGAGUAAUAAAUGGAGACCAUACCACCCA